AUGUCUUGUUGUUCAGGAGAUGAUGAUGAUGAACAACGGCCUGAUCCGACACGAGUACGAGGAUGCACAGAUAUUUUCUGGCUUUGUUGUUUUAUAGUAUUUUGGUUUCUUAUGAUUUUAAUAGCAGCAUUUGCUCUUGUUUAUGGUAAUCCAUUAAGACUUAUAAAUGGAUAUGAUAGUUUUGGAAAUACUUGUGGUAUGAAAAAUAAUCCAAAAUUCGGUAGUUUGGAGUUAUUUGGACAAGACACUAGUGACAAACCAUAUUUAUUUUUUUUGGACAUAAGUAAUGUUGUACAAUCUUUGAAAAUUUGUGUCAAGAAAUGUCCAGAUAGAACUAUGAUAACAAUAAGUGAUAUAUAUAAAUUUUAUGAAGAGACAGGAUCUCAACUUUGUCAUGAUAAACCAGGAAAUGAUUUUAGUGCUUAUAUUAAUGGAAGUAGAAAAAAUAAAUUAGGAUCUUGUCCUAAAUUUCCAGUAUACAAUAGCAUACCAGUUCUUAAUCGUUGCAUUCCUAAAACUAUUAAAGAUGUGGGAGAAACUAUAAUUGCUAAUUUGUAUGGCCUACUUAAUUCAUGGGAUGUUACAGAACAAAUCUUAGGAGAUUUAUACAAAACAUGGAGAGAAAUUUUAUCUUUGUCAUUUUUAGCUUUUGUGUUAUCUCUGUUUAUGAUUGCUAUAUUUCAUUUAUUGGCAAGUAUUGUAACAUGGAUUGUGAUGGUUCUUGUCAGUCUAGCAACUGUAGCUGGAAGUGUAUUGUUAUGGUGGACAUAUAUAGAAAUUAAAAGAACUUUAGAUAAAACUGAUCCAAAUCAGCUUUUAGAGGAAUCUGUUAGAAAUGAAAGAGCAUUCCUAGCCUUUUCUAUUAUUGCAACAAUAAUUACUAUAAUUUUGUUACUCCUUUUAAGUAUAUUACGGAAACGUAUUGGAUUCAUGACAGCAUUAUUUAAAGAAAGUGCAAAAUGUUUAGCAGAAUUACCAGGUUUAUUUUUUCAACCCUUGUUAACAUUUGCUACUCUAAUAUUAUUUUUUACAUUUUGGAUGACUGUAAUUCUUUGUCUGGCAACAGCCAAUUAUCCUGGAACAAAAUCUGUCCAAAUGUAUAAAAAUCAUAUAUUUGAUCCACUAAAUUUGAGUGAUGUUGGAGAAAAAAGUGCAUUCAUUGAAGAGAAAAAAUUUAAUUUUUCCCUUGAUUCUUUUAAAACUUUCACUUUUGUGGAAUAUGUGGAUCCAACUUGGGUGAAGUAUAUGUGGUGGGUGUAUAUCAUAGGAUUAAUAUGGACGUCUGAAUUCAUUAUUUCUUGCCAAGAUAUGGUGAUAUCAGGAGCAGUAGCUCAUUGGUAUUUUAGAGGUAAAGAUGCUAGUGCAUCUCCAGUAUGUUCUGCUAUGGGAAAUUUAGUUAGUUACCACUUAGGUUCUGUUGCUUGCGGCUCGUUUUUAAUAACGCUUUUUAAGUUACCUCGUUUAAUCUUAACGUACCUUCAUGCUAAAUUUGAGAGGAGUAAAGAAACAUCUCCAUGUGCUCAAUGUGGUUUAAAAAGUUGCAUAUGUUGUUUCUAUUGUUUAGAAAAGUUUAUUCGGUAUAUGAAUCAUAAUGCAUAUACUGUUGUUGCUAUUGAAGGAACACAUUUUUGUAAUGCAGCUAGAAUUGCAUUUACAGCACUUGUUAGUAAUGCUUUACAAAUAGCCGUGAUUAAUGGAGUAGGAGAUUUUAUUCUAUUUCUGGGUAAAUGUUUUGUUACAGCUGCUACCGGAAGUAUUGGAUUGUUAUUUAUGAAACAAGAUCCUAGAUUACACUUUUAUGCAGCUCCAAUUUUUGUUGUCUGCAUUUUUGCAUUCUUCAUUGCUCACAGUAUUAUUUCUCUUUAUGAGACUGUGAUAGAUACUUUAUUUCUUUGCAUUUGUGAAGAUAAGAAUUUAAAUGGCGAGAAUGGAAAAUGGCGUCAAUCAGCAUUAGCACAAAUUGGAUCUAAUAGUAAUGCAAAUGGUCAACAAGCACAUGAAUUAGUACCGAUGAAUACAUAA